UUCUUCUUGGUGUGCAUGUGCUUCCUGACCUUCAUCCAGUCCCUCAUGGUCUCCGGCUACCUGAGCAGCGUCAUCACCACCAUCGAGCGGAGAUACAGCCUCAAGAGCUCGGAGUCGGGGCUGCUGGUCAGCUGCUUCGACAUCGGGAGCCUGGUGGUGGGGGUCUUCAUCAGCUACUUUGGGGGGCGCGGGCGGAGGCCACUCUGGCUGGCUGUAGGGGGCUUCUUCAUCGCCCUGGGGGCCGCGCUCUUCUCCUUACCUCAUUUCAUCUCUCCGCCGUACCAGAUCCAGGAAUUGAACUCCUCUGUCAGUAACGAGGGCUUGUGUGUGACUGGCAAUGGCACCGCCAAAGAGCAGUGGGACUCGCCGGCCUGUGUCAAGGACUCCGGCGGAAACGACCACUCUCUCUAUGUAGCUUUAUUCAUUUGUGCCCAAAUCCUCAUUGGCAUGGGCUCCACACCCAUCUAUACCUUGGGACCAACCUACUUGGAUGACAAUGUCAAGAAAGAAAACGCCUCGCUUUACCUAGCUAUCAUGUACGUAAUGGGAGCACUUGGUCCUGCAGCUGGAUACUUGCUAGGAGGACUUCUUAUUGGUUUCUAUGUUGAUCCUAGGACAACCGUUUAUAUUGACCAGAGUGAUCCCCGAUUCAUUGGGAACUG